GUAGUUAAACGACCAAACAUAACUAACCAAUUCCAUACCAGGGUUGAAAUAGUGUUCAAGAAUAUGAAUAAAACAGAGCUCGUCCACGAGUAUUUUGAUGACGUCAACAAUCGUGGGUAUUUGAGUCAGACGGACGAAAGUUUUCGGCUGAAUGCUUGGUUUAAUUAUGGAACCAACGAGUUUAUAGGAUUUUAUCCUGACGCACCUGAUACAAUGCCUGGCCGAUGCUUUGUACAAAGCAUGCAGAAUUCCGAACAAAGAUUUUUAUUUGGUUAUAACAAAAACGCACCUGGUGGUGAAGGACAUAUCUUCAGUGCGGCGGGAGCUCUACAUUUCGGGGGACAAGGAAUAAAUGAGGUAUACAUGGGACGGACAGUUGUUCGAGACAUCCAGGUUGACUGGUGGAGAUCAUGCCAGUACUGGGAUCAUUUUGAUGCCACUAUGAUAGUAGACUGGUAUUUUACUGCACAAAACUCGUGGAACUCCGCUGUUGGGGUCCGAGUACCAGUCAUGGCGCACGUGAAAGGAAUAUCUUACAAAGUAACCAAGAGUCAUCCGGAAGGCAAACAUUUAUUCGAGCACUAUUAUAACUUCUUUGAUUUCCGGCCAUAUUUAAGCUCAGAUGAGAACAGUGUUUUUGAGACACCAGCUGGUGUGCAGUGUCCAGGCCGGAAGAUGGUGCGUCAAUUUCCUGUUGUCCCUAACGACGCUUUCUCCUUCACAACGGAAAUACUCGACACUGUAAAUCUUAGGCUUUCUUUUAUGAAGGAGACAUUUUUCUACUCACAGAAGCUUGUAAUGUAUGAAUACAUUCCCCAGACAGGUGAUAGCUCACCAUACGGUCUAAACGAUCUCAUAGAAAUACACGAUUUUCAUACAGGAGUUGCUUACGUCACAGACCGGGCACGUGGUAACUGUAGUUACCGCCCUAUCGAAGGUUCAGACUUUGACGACCGGUCUAGCGGUCCAAACACAGUAAGGAUACGUAAUUCUAGAGAGUUUUUCUAUUUCGACGUGAAAAGUGCCUCAUACGAAGGAGUGAAAAAUAACCGUGGUGUGGACUGUGACACAUGGGUUGCACAGAGAACAGAUUAUCCAUUUACAUACCCGACCAACUCCACGUGGGAAUGGUACUUCGCUACGACACAAUGGACUGAAGUGAAUGCUGGGCCAGAAUCUGGAAACAUACCUAUACAAAUGAGGAUCUCGUUUCCACUCAGCGGGCAAUAUUAUCAAUAUAAUCUCUAUAACUUUAAGAAAACUAAACCAGAUUUACUCAAAUUUGACAUCAGUGGAUGUUAUCAGUUUGGACAACGACGAAAGUUCCAGUUCUCAUUGACAGUGACAGACGUUGUGAAGGCGAAGAUCAGUACUAGUAUGGAACAGUUCAAGUAUUAUAUUCUUCAAGCUAUCAUGUCGGCAACAGGCCUCACUCCAAUUCGUGUAGCAAAUCUACAGGUUUUUGUAGCAGGUGAUAUCGUGGUAACUUUUGAAUUAUUAGACGUUGCUCCGAGCAUAGGUGAUGUGAAAAAGGCGACGAGCUAUAAAGAGGUUCCUCUUGAAUUUGCUGCCAACACCCUAGCUAGUACAAUACAAAGUAACCAAUUCAUCGUGACACUAGGUGGCGCUGCUUUUACAAACGUAAAGCCACUGAUAGCUAAGUCUAACAGUAUUAUAGAGAUCACAUAUACGAAUGUGACAACCACGGUACAGAAUCAAAACCAAGCAGGUUACGGUGCCGGACCUAUGGCGGGAGUUGGAAUAUCAAUGCCUAUUCUUGGAGCUGGCAUGGGCAUCGUGUUCGCAUACUUUUUCUUCAAAUAAUUCAUAUUUCACCAGAAUUGCAUGGAAGUUGUGCACGGAACAUUACUUAGUUGAAUUUGCUUUAAAAUUUGUUAAAUACUGUUAAAAAUAUGCAAUAUAAUUUAUGCUUGAACAUCGCGUUGUAAAGAAUACAAAGAAUAAAGACCAGCAUUUUGCGUCAUGUGUUGUGAAAAGAAAACAAGAAUUGCUCUCAUACAAACGUUAAAGGCGUUCAAAACUUGUGACGAUUUAUUUUGGUUUGAUAAAGAUAACAGUUUAUAUAAGUUUACUUUUUCUUCUUCUUCUAUUGAUUUAUUAAUCAACUUGGUUUAUUCAACGCUCAUUAGACGAUGAUAUUUGAGCCGCGUCACGACAAAACCAACAUAAUGGGUUUGUGACCAGCAUGGAUCCAGACCAGCCUGCGCAUCCGCACAGCCUGAUCAGGAUCCAUGCUGUUCGCUAUCAGUUUCUCUACUUGUAAUAGAGUUGGUAAGCGAACAGGAUGGAUCCUGAUCAGACUGCGCGGAUGCGCAGGCUGGUCUGGAUCCAUGCUUGUCGCAAACGCACUAUGUUGGUUUUGUCAUGACGCGGCUCAUUUGUCUUAUAUAGUCUGUAAAGACAAGUUCCUUGUUUCUAUUUUAAAACAAAUGUGAUGAACAUAAUUAUCUCUAUAACAUUUUAUACAGACCUUGUAUAAGAGACAGUAUUUUUUUACAGUCGAAUAAAUAUGUGAUUUGUAUUAUAUUUUAGUGCAAUAAAUAUAAAUGUGCAAUUAUAUAAAAGAAA